AUGAUCAUCGAUCCCCACGUAACAUUGGGAUGGUUGGCUGACAAGUAUGGACCCAUCUUCACCAUAAGGCUCGGGGUACAUCAAGCCUUGGUGCCAUAUAACACUUGGGUUACAACUUUGUCAUGUUUGGAUUUGCACUUUAUGGUAAAUGUUGGCGUGAAUGCACAAGAUUAUAACCUCAGAACUACUUUCAAACUGCCAGCUGGGGUUACUGAAGCAUGGAAGAGAUACUGUGGUGCUGGUGUUGUGGCUGAUGAGAAAGAGGCGCGGCAGUGCCAGGAGGCAAUGAGAGAAUUCUUUCAUCUUUUGGGGUUGUAUGUGGUGAGGGAUGCUAUCCCUUUUCUUGGUUGGCUCGAUGUGAAUGGAAGUGAGAAGGCCAUGAAGAGAACCUCUGAAAAAUUAGAUGAUAUUGUGUCGAAAUGGUUAGAGGAGAAUCGAACGGAAAGAUCGGGUAGCGGCGAGGAAGACUUCAUGGAUACAAUGCUUUCAAUCCUAGAAGACACAGAAUUUGAAGGCAUAGACUCUGAUACAAGGUCCAACUCUUCCAAGACCAAAUUAGCACCAGAAGCUGGAGGUGCCUGGCCUAUCAUAGGUCACCUUCCCUUGUUAGCUGGAUCUGAGCUUCCCCACAUAAGAUUAGGAGCCUUAGCUAACAAAUAUGGACCUAUUUUUACCAUUAGGAUAGGGAUGUAUCCAGCUUUGGUGGUUAGUAGCUGGGAGUUGGCUAAGGAGAUAUUCACCACUAACGAUGCAAUUGUAUCUUCUCGCCCUAAACGCACAGGUGCAAAAAUUUUGGGCCACAACUAUGCGAAUUUUGGGUUCUCUCCGUAUGGUGAAUUCUGGCGGGGAAUGCGUAAAAUAACAGCGUCAGAGCUACUCUCCAACCGCAGACUUGAGCAACUAAAACAUGUUAGAACCUCUGAGGUUGAGGUUUCCGUUAAAGAUCUAUACAAGUUAUGGUACUCGAAGGAUAAAAAUGAAGCAACCCAAGUUACGGCUGAAUUGAAGCAGUGGGUUGGUGACAUAAAUUUAAACGUGAUACUUAGGAUGAUUGCAGGAAAACGAUACUACGGCGCUGGUGUUGUGACUGACGAAAAUGAGGCCGGCCGAUGCCAGAGAGCGAUGAGGGAGUUCUUUCACUUGACUGGGUUGUUUGUGUUAAGGGACGCAGUUCCAUUUCUUGGGUGGUUGGAUUGGGGUGGACAUGAGAAGGCCAUGAAGAAAAAUGCUGAGGAAUUGGACAGUAUUGUUGACCAGUGGUUAGAGGAGCAUCGCAGGAAGAAAGAUUCUGCGGGUGAAUCCGUUAACAAAGAGGAAGACUUUAUGGACGUGCUGCUAUAUGCUCUUGAUGGCAUCAACUUGGCUGGUUAUGAUGCUGAUACCGUUCGCAAAGCCACAUCUCUGGGCCAGCAUUUUGAGCUCCUCCCAUUUGGUGCCGGUAGAAGAGCUUGUCCUGGGAUGAAUUUUGGACUCCAAAUGAGUCAUUUAGUGCUGGCAAGUUUCCUCCAAGCAUUUGAAGUCUCGCCUCUAUCAAAUGCACCAAUUGAUAUGACUGCAACUGCUGGGCUAACAAGCAGCAAGGCUACUCCCCUUGAGGUUCUAAUCAAGCCUCGCUUGCCUGCUUCUGUUUAUGAAUAG